AUGGAAGAAAGAAGAUCAAACGAAAAGGGGUCGAAUCUCAUCCCGAAUGCCAAGCCUUCAAGAGAGCUGACCGAAGAGACAGUGGACGUUUCGGAUACCGGCGGUGCGCAAAUAUCAAGAGAACAGCGGCAAUCAAAUAGAAGAAAGAAGUGCAAAUUUACUAAGGAACAUUACAAAAAUACAUCUCUACCAUGGGGCCUUCGUAGUACGUCGCCGUAUGAGAGAUACAUUACUUUUGAUGCGAACAGAAUUCCUAAACAGUUAGUUACUCGCCGAUGUCUUUGCCGGGGAUGCAUUAAUGUGGCAACUCUUGAAGAAGACAACAGCGUCAUCAGCGGGCCAAUUCCCUAUCAAGUCAAAGUGAUGAAAAACAACGAGACAGUAAAAGAAACCGUAAUUGCCGGCUGCGGUUGUUUCAUACCUAAAACAUUUGACAUUAACAUAAAGAAGCCUCGUAGAAGAAGACGUAGAUAUAGAAAACGCCGAAAUCACCGAACUCGCUGAUGUCGUUAAAAGCGACGAUUGUUGAAAGAUUUAACAGGAUAAUAUGACAUGCAUUUUCAUUUAUUUGAACAAAAUGUUCUUUCAUUUAUUUAGUUUGUUCUUUUCUUCUAAAAAAAUUUCAUUAUUCUUCGUCCAGCUUAGAUUAUUUGCAACCAAAACAUAAAAGAAUAUUCA